CCGACGCAGAUCGAAUCGGAGUUUCCUUUGUUCGCCAACUUAUUCUUCAACUUUUGUGCUUGCCUUCUUGUUCUCUACUAAAAACCAGAUCUAUCUUGUGGUCUUCAUGAUGAGGUUUUGUCUGAUUAAACUUGGCAAAGUGGAAAACUGAGGAAAGAAAAAGAUGAAGAUCUCUAUUAUUGAAAAUACCGAGAGGCUAUGGGAUUUAUGGAACAUCAGAGCAUUCAUUAUUCUAAGCCUCUCCCUGCAAGCUUUCUUAAUUCUGUGUGCACCGCUAAGAAGAAUAACAUGGAGAAGAUGGGGAAUAUUGCUUUGGUCGGCAUACUUGCUCGCAGACUGGGUAGCCACCUUCGCCAUCGGAACCAUCUUAAGCAACGAGAGGAAAAGUGAUGACAGAAGCAGUGACAUCCAGGUGUUUUGGGCACCCUUUCUACUGCUGCACCUCGGGGGCCCAGACACCAUUACUUCCUUUGCUCUUGAGGAUAAUGAGUUUUGGGUGAGGCACCUGCUUGGGCUUGCAUUGCAGGUUGGUUCUACGCUCUAUGUCUUCAUCUUGUCCCUCCCAGAGAACAAGCUGUGGCUCCCAACCAUCCUAGUGUUAAUUGCAGGAAUAAUCAAAUAUGCAGAGCGGAACCGUGCCUUCUAUCUCGCAAGCUUUGACCAUCUUGGAGGCAAUUGGGUGGCCAGCAAGUGGGGAGAUGGAAUUCGAAUUCCAGAACAAUUCCAAAAGAUGGACAGCCAGGUAACUUUGGAUAUUGGUUCCAGGUCAAAACUGUGGAGUGCAGUUCACUACUUUGGCAGUAUCAAGAUGACACUUGUAGGUCCUUUUUUAACUCAAAUUCAAUGCUCUGAUAUCAGAGACAGCUUUCUCCAAGAAAAGGCAGAUGAUGCACUACAAAUAAUGGAGAUUGAGCUAAGCCUCUUGUAUGAGAUGCUCCAUACCAAGUUGCCUGUGGUUGAUUGCAAGACUGGAUAUGUCUUCAGGGUCAUAAGUCUGGUUUGCAUUUUGGGAGCCUUGUUGUCAUUCUCAUUACUUAGGAAGCACUAUGAGCUGUUUGACAUCUUGCUUACCUAUGGGUUGCUGGUCGGGGGCUUCGCGUUGGAUUUGAUAUCUUUCAUCUUGCAGUACUGCCGCUCCGAUUGGGUACUUGUUGCUCACUUGCAAAAGAAGGAAGGUGAAUUCAUUGACAGGAAAAGGUGGUCUAAGGUAGUUUCCCAGUUAAAUUUUAUUACUUAUCAUUUUAAGGAUAGUCCAUCUGGGUUGAAAAAUGUUGCUGAUUUUCUUUACAUGAGGAGUUUGUUGGAAGCGAUUAGGGGAUUACGAUGUCUGUCCUCCGAAAAAUUUGGAAACCAAGAAUGGUGCUUCAUUUUCGAGGAAGUGAAACAAAUGAAUGAGUUUUUAAAUCAAAAACUGAAAGAGUUGUCUAAGACUGUACUAGAGGCCACGGAAGUUUGGUCAUUCAGCCUUGAACGAGUUCUUCAGAAAUUUUCUAACGAACUGAUCAUCCAGAUCACCAAGGACUUGCAUCACACGGAAAGCAUUCUAACAUGGCAUAUAGCGACUGAAUUAUGCUACCGAGACGACCAAGCGCCUAAUGAGGACAAAGAAAUAUGCAAGAAAUUUUCAGAUUAUAUGUUCUAUCUUGAAAUAAUGCAGCCCACUAUGAUGGCAGCCGCAUCAGUCAACUGGAAAAUGGUAUUUGAAGAAACAUUGCAGCAGACCGAGUCAUUUGUAAGAAGGAAUUCAAUGUCAGAUGAACAAAACGCUAGCAGAAAAUUCCUUGAACAGGACAAGAUCAAAAUGAGAAGAAGAAAAAAUAUCCUUGAAGGGAACUCUGUGUUAUAUUCUGCAAUUGUGCUUGCCCAAGAGCUGAAGCAGUCGGACGGUACUUAUCCAUGGGAGUCAACGAGCAAAGUUUGGGUACAACUAAUGUGCAUUUCUGCUAUUAAUUGCAGGCCAAGUGUACAUGCACAACAACCAAGUAAGGGCGGUGAACUUCUCACAUUCGUUUGGUUGUUGAUGAAUCACAUGGGGCUCGGAACUCACUUUUCAACCCAUUACUAGGAUUAUUAGUGACUUUCAUGAUCAUGAAACUGUUCACCAAAGUCUGAUUCUUGUAUGUAUGUGUUUACACCUAAAAUAAACCAAUAAGGUAAAGCCACGUGUCAAGGUAAAGCCCAAUUAUCAAGAAAAUCAAUAGGCUGGAUUUGGGCUGGGUUGACUUACAAUUUAAUGGCCCAGACGGAUUUCAAAGGAGGUUGGAUCUUAGGUGGUAGAAGAUAAGAUUGGAUCUGGUGGUUUGAGUUUGAUUUGAAAUGAAAAAUUGAGGGUUUUUAGGUAGUUAUCUUUUAAGGAUGUUGGAGAUAAGAGUAAAUAAAAUUAUUGGAUAACU